AUGGAAGACGACAAUGUCGAAGAGUGUUCGUGGCAGAAAAGCGAGGUGCACUGGCAGAACAAGGUAGAGUUCCAGGAAGCGACGCCAAGAGAAGGUCAGCCACCGGACCAAGAGUUGAAGAGGGCCGUUGGGUUCCGGACCCGAGCCUCCAGGACUUCACCCGACCGGGGCCUCCUGCCAACCUGUUCCUGGGCGUCGCCAGUCUACCUGAUCGUGAACUGCUGCUCGAGGCUGGCGACCUUCUGCGCCCGUGGGCAGAACGAGAGCAGUCGAGCUACGGGCCCGAGUUCUACGCCCAGCUGCCUGGCCAGAACGCCGCUGCCAUCUGCCCGUGCCGCCAGCCGCCUACCUUCCCUCUCCAAACCAGAGCUACUGCACUCUGGUGGCCCGUUCAUCCACCGAUCCCGUCGACAUGGUGCUUUCAAGUCAUGGAAAGAAAAAGUUGAAAAAGAUACCCGGAGCCGCUAUGUUGUCACGACAAGCGCCAAAAAGGGAAGCCCCCAAGGAAAGGAAACAACAUAUUACAGCUGCCAUCGGUCUGGAACGUUCGUACCACAAGGCACAGGUAAAAAGAAACAGCCACCAAGCCUUAAGUGUGGCAGGAGAUGUUUUGCUGGCAUGACUGUCACCAAAAGCAACACAGGGGUAAAUGUUGUAUUCCAAAGCAAGCACAGAGGCCACGACUUUGAACUGCGACAUGUUCUUCUCUCCAAGACAGAAAGAAGUGCUAUUGCAGCUAAGCUGCAAGAAGGCGUGUCAUUGGAUGCGGUUUUGGACGGUGUAAGGCAACACUUGGAUGGGACUUUUCAACGUGUGAACUUGCUUACCCGCCAGGACUUGCACAACAUCAUGCGUGACAACAACAUCAUUAAUCACGAGCGUCUCCACAGCAAUGACUAUAUUAGCGUCCAGCUAUGGGUGGAGCGGAUGCAUGCAGAGAAGGACAAUCCAGUAUUAUUUUUCAAGCACCAGGGCCAGCCAGACAAAGCCGACAUUCUUGACCGACCACCUCACGACCUUCUUGAUGAAAAGGAUUUCAUGCUGGCCAUUAUGACGGAGCCCCAGCAAGAGCUGUUUAAGAAGCUCGGCACUGACCGUGUCUGCAUAUAUGGCACCCAUGGAACAACAGGCUUUGACUUCCAACUCGUCACAGUCCUUGUCGUGGAUGAAUUUGGCACGGGAUUUCCCGUAGCUUAUUGCAUCACCAACCGCACAGACCGAAAGGCCAUGGCAACAUUUUUCGCAUCGAUCAUGUCUAAAACUGGGCAAAUAGCAGCAAACGUUUUCAUGACAGAUGAUGCUCCCUCAUUCUACAAUGCCUGGACUGAAGUAAUGGGACCGCCUCAACAUCGGCUGUUGUGUGCGUGGCACGUUGACAAAAACUGGCGUGAGAGUGCCAACAAGUACAUCCAAGACAAAACCCUGAGGGCUUUCACCUACAAGGUGAGUGCAACAGCGGCCAACCGCUGUGCAAGGACGUCUGGUUCAAGAACUAUGGAGUGUGUGACAAAUGGAAACCAGGCUUGGGAGUCCACCGAAGGCUCACGAAUGGAACGGUAA